UGCUGGUCAGCAGGGACACGUAAAUAUUUACAUGUCACACAAAGUCCUCAUCAGCCAUGUGACACUGGGUCACAUACUGAAGUCAGUGUCUCCAUCUGGCACCACAUUAAGUGCACCUAAGGAGUUUUCUGUCUAUGGAAAGAAAACAGUAGAAGAUGAGGGAACUCUCCUUGGAACCUUUACGUAUGAUAAUGAUGGAGACCAGUUCCAAAACUUCAAGAGACAGGCCCAUAAGGAGGACAUGUUCAGUUUUGUAAAGUUGAAGGUGAACAGCAACUGGGGCGAGCCGAAGUACACCUGUCUGUACAAUUUCAGAGUACACGGAAAGAUAAGUAGCCCACACCCCACCCCUAUCUAGAAAAUACUACAUUACAUUAUAUUAGAGUCAUUUAACAGACGCUUUUAUCAAAACAGUCUUACAGUGGUUAGGCUCUAGCUUUAAGGGUCUUGUCUAAGGACCCAACUGGAAAGUUUUAAUAUUCGUCCCUUGGGGGAAUUAAACUCUGGUCUCCCGCUUGGGAGACAGAUGUUCUAUCUGAGCUAUCCAGCCACCUACUACAGUAGA